CACACGCUUGACAGAAGUUGGGCACAACACACCGCAGACAGAACACCAAGAAGAAAUAGCUUUUUAACUCGUUUCAGCAAUUUUACACCGUGGUACUUGAAUGUGACUCGACAAUAUUGGACGACGAGCUACAGGGUCUUCGUUGAGGCUGAUCCUCUUAGAAAAACACCAACUGCAAAAGUUUGAGGUGGGCUGGCUACAGUGAUGUCCAGAUCCACAAAAUCAGCCUCAAGGUCUCGGAGCCGCUCAAAGUCCCGGUCGAGAUCGCGCUCCACCUCUCACUCCAGAAGUCACUCCAGAUCUCGUUCCAGGAAGCAUCGCUACAGCUCUAGGUCUCGGUCACGGUCAAGAUCUCAUUCUCCAUCUUAUAAUCGGGACAAGAAAUAUUUCAGAGGAUACCAGAACGACCGGGAGUUCCGGGGUUACCACCGCGGCUUCCGGAGGCCGGACAGGGGCCGAGGGUGGGGCUAUUUCCCACGUGGGCGCUACCAGCGUGGUGGAAGGGGCUACAACAAUAACAACUUCCGCCCCAACUGGAAGAAUUUCAAGCAGUACAAUCAGUACAAUCAAAAACAGUAUCAACAGCAGUACCAACAGCAGCAAAAUAAUUCACAAGGGCAAUCGCACAGCCUCCAGAGACGCUCAGGAAGUUCCCCUCACGGUCGCUCUCACCAGUCUGACAGGUCCUCCUCACUGUUGUCCAGACACUCUCAGCGUUCUUCCUCCUCCUCACACUCCUCUCCUAAAUGCAGGCCAGACUUAUUGUUGAGUAGCCAAAACUGCAAAGAUGUGAAAGUGGAGCACUCAGUCUCAAAGGAGGCCCAGAAGGAAGGAGGGGGAGAUGGGGAGUCAGUGGAGCUUGCUGGGGUGUUGGAAGGUGAUGUUGAAGAAUUUACAGGCAGUGGGAAAACUGGGGGAAACUGGCAGGGCCCGACAGAAUGCAAUAGCAGUCCAAAGAAAAUCAGCCCUCUGGCAAAUUCUGCUGUUACUGUUGGUCAGAACAGCCAACCUACUAACCAGUCUAGUCCUGCUCCUGUAAACACAAAUGACACGAGCAAUGGCGCCCCCUCCUGGCAGAUUCUGUGUAAUUCACCCUCAACAAAAAAACCCUCAAAUGAAGGUCUCGACCCAAUGCUUCUCAGCUUUGACUUCUCCAGUGAGGAAUUCCUGAAUGGAGAUAAAACGGCAAUCUCCAUUGCCUUCAGAAAGUUUUUGGAGGAGCAAAAUAAAAAAGCUAAAUCUGCUUGGGAAAAUGCAAAGAACACAGAAGCAAAUGGUGUGGAUAUGGAGCAGAGGAAAGCAAAUAGUCAAACAUCAGCAGUUAACUCUAAAAGAAUGUCAAGAAAGCUCAAAGAAGACAUUGAUGAAGUGUCUCUGAACAGCUUUUUGAAAAAAUCUCCUUUCCUGCCUGCUGAUGGGGAGCAAGAGAUGGAAAUCAUCAUCAAGCCUCAUCCAAAGUCACUUCACAAAGACUGGCACAAUGGGGACGAGUCCUGUAAACCAAAGAGCAAGGUCACCCACUCAGCCCAAGAACUGUUUGGCAAAUGGCAGAAUGCAACCUAUUCACAGGUAGCCACAGGUAGUAACAGUGACCUGGACGCCAUGGCAGAGGAGAUCUAUCUCAGUCAAAAACAAGAUAAAGCAGCAACCUUUGCAGUUGUUCUCAGCAAGAGGGAGUUAGCAGGAAAGUUUGAGGAACUGUCCCCAGACAUGAGUUGUAAAGCCAAGAAGAGGGCAAACUCUCCCUCAACCUCCUCUCCUACACCACCACCAAAGAGGAGCUCUGACAGAGAGAAGUUUAUGGACAGGGGAGAGGACUCGCCUCUCAUGUCCUCAAGAAAACAGGAAACAAAAUUUAACGUCAGAAUGGAUUUCCUUGGAGAUAGCCUGAUAAGCUCUUCAGACAUUUUAGCAGAAGAGCGACAGUUGUCUCAGGACCUUGUGCAGUCCUCAAAGGAUCAAGAGUUCCGUGCCAUCUUUCAACAUGUUCAGGCUGCUCCAGUUCAAAGGAGUCCCUCUGAGCUGUUUGCUCAACACAUCGUCUCCAUCGUUCACCACAUUAAAGCUCAGCACUUUGCUUCUCCUGGCACGACUCUAAACGAGCGAUUCACCAUGUACCAAAGACGAGCUGCAGAGAAGGAAAUGAUGAAGCCAAGAAAAAGCCCAGAGAUACACAGGAGAAUUGAUAUUUCACCGAGUGCUUUUAUGAAACACACUCUUCUUUUUGAGGCGAUGAAAAGCUCAGAGGAUGGCACUCACAAGGACGGUGGGGAAAAGAUGAAGGGUGACUCAACAGAUCUCCGUUUGGACAUUGAGCGCCGUAAAAAAUAUUCCACCCAUGAAAGAGGUUAUAAUCAGGAUCAGGAGAGAAAUAUGGGAGUUUCUCCAGAUCCUAGUAGAGAGAGAUCUGUGGAACGGUACGCCAAAAGCCACAAAAGAUCAAAGAAAAGUAAGAAGAAGCGCUCUCGCUCAAGUUCAUCCUCAUCUUCUGAGUCCGAGUCCCAAAAAGAUUUGUCUCAUGUCAAGUCUGAUUCCAAUGAUGAAGGCUUUAACAGGGCGCGACUGGAUGAAAGAGCGUCACCAGGAUCCGACAGAGGAAAGCCACAUGGAGGACUUCAAUUACAAAUUCAUGGAAGGGGCUGGAACAGAGGGAACUGUCAUGGAAACAGUAACCCCGUGAGCAUGGCAGUAAUCCCAAAAAGUGACGACUGGGACCCAGAGUACACACCCAAGAGCAAAAAAUACUACCUGCAUGACGACAGAGAUUCUGAGGCAGAGUGCAAGUGGGUGGACAAUCGAGGGUGGGGACGGGGAAGCUUCCUGCGUGGAAGGGCACGAUUCAUCACUUGCAAAGCCACUGGGGGCUCCAACACCAGUAGCCCCAAAUGGGCCCAUGACAAGUUCCAGCUCAAUGGCGAGCAAGUUGGCAUCCAAGAUGAAAAUGCAGAACAGGACCGUGAAGAGGGAGAAAUUGAUGAAGUGAAUAGUUGAGCAGGGAAACGGUCUGCUGUAAAUCUUAAUUUUCUUAGUUUUUCUUAGAUCUGACUCGGUGAUUUUAAUCCACCAAAUGGAUCAAUAAAUGCAGAAUAAAUGUUCUGUUCAGCUUUUAGGUUUAGAUUUUAGCACAGGAUGCUCACUUUGACUCGACAACCAUUGCCUGAUGGUGUCCUUCUCUUAAUAAAAAAAAAAACUCAAUGGGUUGUCUGUGCAAACAGCUUAUCAUGACCCAUGGUUAAUUGUUAGGCAACCUCUAAUGGCUAUAGUAAUUAUGGCAGGAGUAAGGGUGUGAUCAGAAUGAGUUUCAGAAGGUGUGAAACAAUACAGACCUCCCCACAGGGGGCUCUGGCAAAGCGACGCAGCCUCGUGCGACAAAAAAAAGUUGGAUCAGCUUUUUCAACAAUGCACAGUAACAUCAUCAGCAAGAUGUUGCGUUGACCAAUCACAUAAUGUAAUGGGGUAAUGGGGGAUGCCCACAGGAAGAUGACUUUUGUUUAUCAUGAGCAUUCACUGAAAUUCAUUCUCAGUUUUUAGCCAUAGUUAUAAAUGCACCAUAAUGACACCCCAUGGAUUUUUGCUAGUUAUUGGGUGUUAAACAGUUUUGUUUUUGUUUGUUUUUUUCAAUCCAUGCCGACCCACCGGCGGUAGAAAUUGGUGCUAACGUAGAGUAUGUUAGCAGCAUGGCUGGCUAAAACAAAACCAAAACUCACGGGUUGGAAACGUGAAUGAGACUGUUCAUUUCGACUCGUCACAAUGUGGCUAUAUGGUACAUGUUUAUGUGACACUCCCCCUGCAAAACCCUCACCCCACCGUAACCUCACUGUGUUUCAAUGCACUCAGGUUAAACCCUCAAGCUAAAGGAGGAAAUCAAGCUGCAGAGGGUACAGGUUAUCAGAGGACAGGGACAAAACCCUACAGUGUAUAUGUUCGUCUAUGGUGAAGACUUCUUCUUGCUUUUCCUACAUCAGGAUACAGCUUGUUACCAGUAGAAGCACUGUUUCACAAUGAAUUGUUGUGUUCUCAUGAAAGUUUUUGUUAUGUUUCUUUGCUUCAUUGUAAAUUGAAUUCUUUAUUGCAGCAUUCUGGUAAUAUUUACACUUUGCUCAUUGAUGUGAUUGUAGAAUAGCUCCUUGAAGGGUCCUGUACUUUUAGCAGCAAGAGAACAUUACAUUGUAAUAAAAACCAGAUUGUGCCUUAUACAAAUGUAGAAAUGUCUUCUGAGUCAGAGUAGACUACUAGAUAAGUCACUUUAUAGGUGAAUAAAUUAAAAUUUACUCCAAUUACCAUAACUAUGAGGUAAAAACAUUGUUUUGAACUGUGUCUUGUUUAAUUAAAAAUGACAACACUGUAACACUGUAGUUUAUUUUGACAUGAAAACAUCACCAUUUAAAUAAUUCUGCACACCACAAAUGACCCUGCUAUGACAACGGGACCAAAUUGUAUGGAGUCAUAGGUUAAGUCAUGCAGUCCGUAACUGUACAAUCAGUCAUCAUCAUGAUCUACAAUACUAGCUGGCGGCAUGAGAUUUUUAACUACCUAUAUAGUACCAUUUUACAUGUUCAUGAAACAUUUCGCUUUCUGAUUUCUACUCUUGAGAUUGGAUAACACUUAUCAAUGUAUAAUACUGAUAGUGAUUUAUUUUGCUCCAGAGAUAUUCAUCUUAGUCUUUGUACCUGCCUAGGCAGGAUAAUGAAUUAGGUUUUUCCUUUCCUGUAGAUUUUGAUGUGAUUUUCAUCUGCUGAUUGCAAACUUUUCUUCAUGCAAGGAUGAUUUAAUCAUUUAUGUAAAUUGAGUGCAACUGUGUCAACACUGAUAAAACAGGUUGAAAAUUAGCAAUUGUUUAGUUUGUAACAGAAACAAGUUUAUCUGGUGAGGAUCAUAAAUGUUUUUUCAGUUCACAUUUUUUGUGAUUGUUCUUCUUAAGUCUAGGAUUAGUCUCAUCUCUGAUUAAUAAUCUUUGAUUAAUAGCUCAUGCAACUGAAUGAGAAUUUGUGUGCCUUGCUCUGGAUGCCCUGGUCUUAUUUGUACAGUACAGGCCUAUCGUUUUAGAUUCAUGUUUAAUUGUUUGAAGGUUACCUGCUUAUGAAAAAUAGCUUUUUCAAAUAGGUGUUGUUACU